AUGCCCCGCGUGUCACCCGGGGAAACACCGAACUCGGGGAUGCGCAGCUCCGCUCCGCGGGGAUGCGGGGCCCGGGGGGGCUCCCGGGGCCGCUGUCAGGCACCGCCCCGGCCCCGGUACCGAGCGCGGCUCCCAGGCUCCCGCACCCCGGGGGCUGAACGGCCCCGGGCCCGCCGCCGCCGCUGUCAGCGGGCCCCGCCGCCAGCGGGGAUCCCCCGCCCCUCGCCGCGCUCCCUGUCAGGGCUCCCCGUGCCUCCCGCUCCGCCAGGGGCUCCCCCGGCUGUCACGGACCCGCCGCCCCGCUCCCCGUCCGCUUCCACGCCGCGCUCCGGGCCCUACCGGGGAUCCCCCCCCGCCGCCCCCGGGGAUCCCCCGCCGUGGCCGGGGAUACCCCGGCGGCCGCCACCGCGCCCGGAGCGGGGAUGCGGCGCGGCGGGGAUCCCGGGGGGGAUGCGGGCGGGCUGCGAGGCGGCCCCGCCGAGGAUCCCAGCGCGCCUCCCCUCCCCCCGGGCCGCGGGCCUGAGGCGGUCCCGCUCCCCCGCCCGCUCCUCACCGUGUCAGCGGCAGCGCGGCCGGGGCCGAGCACGGGCUGCUCCGCGCCGCAUCCCCGCGGCCGCCCGGGCGCGGACGGGGCCGGGGAGGGACCGGGACCGAGCGGCCGCCGCGGCGGGGCCUGAGCCGAGCGAGGCGGCGGAACCAAAAUGGCGGCGGCUCCUGCUCCGCCGCGAGCGAGCGCACGGCCACGCCCCCCGCCGGCCACGCCCCCUCCGCGCGGCCACACCCCCGCGGGCAGAGGGCGCGGCGGCCACGCCCGUUGAUUGGCUACGCCCACCGCUUGGCCACGCCCAUGUGUGA